CACAAGGGAAUAUUUUUAUUCGGAGGAAAAGCGAAAGUUCCUGCUUAACCCAGGGAAAUUGACCAUGUUGGUAUCUUUCCGUGGGGAGAGCAAUUCUCCCGGCAUGCGGCACACCCCCUUCUUUCCAGAAGGUGUUCCAUAAAGCACAUCUCAUCCAAAGGGCAGGUCGGAGUGUCUCGAAUGAGAACAGGACAGAUCAAGGCUUAUUUGGUGGCUCGGUGCAGCACCACGGCAGAGCAGCGCAGCACACGCCUACGGCUCCUACCUGCAGCCAUCUGAGCCACGCACAUUUUACAUCAUUUUCUCCUACAUAAAAAGGCAUUGUUCGCCGCUGAGGCUCCCGUGCACGGCUGCUUCCUCCCUGAUCCAUGCAAUACAGGGGAUCAUUUUUUUAGCCGCGCAGAUCCCCUUAGAGAAGCUUAGGGGUGGGGGCAGGAGAGGACAGAGGUUCGCAUCCUACGGAGGGCUCUACAGCCCGGAGAUGCUCUGCGGCAGCCGCCCCCAUGAAGGUAAAGCGGGCGUUACCGGGCGGCCGCCCCGCUCCAUUUUCACCUCCGCGAGGUGGGGCGGCGGCGACCCGCGGAGAACUCCGCUCUGGCUGCGGGACGGAAGAGCCCAAAGAAGGGACUGAAGGACGGACGGAGGGAGGGAGGGAGGAAGGAAGGAAGGGAGCACCCUCGAGGGCCGGGGUGCCCCCAAAAAGGGCUCGCGACAGCCGCAAGGCGGGAAGCGCGCGCGGCUGCCCCCCCCCUCCGCCCCCGCACUCCACAACGGCGCCGGCCCCGCGCCCCCGCCCCGCCCGUCCCUCCUCCUCCUCCUCGGACGGGGCUCGGCACGGUGCUUACCUGAGCGCCACGGCGGCUGCCGGCACCGGCGGGCACACAGAGGACGCGGGGUACCCGGCUCAAGCCGACCCGCCCCGUCGCUCUCGGGGCUGUCGCCGGGACGCGGCCGCCUGCGCGCCGCGAGCCCCCGGGACCCGCCCCCGGCCCCGCCCCGGCCCCGCCGCCGCUCCCGCAGGGCCCCCGCGCCUGUGGAGGUGGAGGAGCGGCCCCUCGCUGCCGCCCCGCCCCGCCACGGCCCCUGCAUUGCAGAGACACCGAGGCUCCGGGGCGCCCGGCCACGGGGUGUCCUGCCACUGA